CCAGGUGAGCGCCCCGCCCGCUCAGCAGCCAGAUCAACCCCAGGGCUGGGGCGCGGGCUGGAGGCGCCAGGCGGUGCGUUCUGCCCGCGCGGGGCUGAGAGGGGCCGGGGCCGGGGCCAAGGCCAGGGGUCUCGCCGCUAGCCGCCCGCAAAGCAGUCCGGGCCGCAACGCUGCGCCCUCCGCCCUGUUUCUGCACCCGUCUGGGUUCUUGUCUCGCCGCCUGCAAGCCUUCCCGAGCUCAGGGUGGUGAGCUGCGGAGACCCGUGAUAAUUCGUUAACUAAUUCAACAAACGGGACCCUUCUGUGUGCCAGAAACCGCAAGCAGUUGCUAACCCAGUGGGACAGGCGGAUUGGAAGAGCGGGAAGGUCCUGGCCCAGAGCGGUGUGACACUUCCCUCUGUGACCAUGAAACUCUGGGUGUCUGCAUUGCUGAUGGCCUGGUUUGGUGUCCUGAGCUGUGUGCAGGCCGAAUUCUUCACCUCUAUUGGGCACAUGACUGACCUGAUUUAUGCAGAAAAAGAGCUGGUGCAGUCUCUGAAGGAGUACAUCCUUGUGGAGGAAGCCAAGCUUUCCAAGAUUAAGAGCUGGGCCAACAAAAUGGAAGCCUUGACUAGCAAGUCAGCUGCUGACGCUGAGGGCUACCUGGCCCACCCUGUGAAUGCCUACAAACUGGUGAAGCGGCUAAACACAGACUGGCCUGCGCUGGAGGACCUUGUCCUGCAGGACUCAGCUGCAGGUUUUAUCGCCAACCUCUCUGUGCAGCGGCAGUUCUUCCCCACUGAUGAGGAUGAGGUAGGAGCUGCCAAAGCCCUGAUGAGACUUCAGGACACAUACAGGCUGGACCCAGACACAAUUUCCAGAGGGGAACUUCCAGGAACCAAGUACCAGGCAGUGCUGAGCGUGGAUGACUGCUUUGGGAUGGGCCGCUCAGCCUACAAUGAAGGGGAUUAUUAUCAUACGGUGUUGUGGAUGGAGCAGGUGCUAAAGCAGCUUGAUGCUGGGGAGGAGGCCACCACAACCAAGUCCCAGGUGCUGGACUACCUCAGCUAUGCUGUCUUUCAGUUGGGUGAUCUGCACCGUGCCCUGGAGCUCACCCGCCGCCUGCUCUCCCUUGACCCAAGCCAUGAACGAGCUGGAGGGAAUCUGCGGUACUUUGAGCAGUUAUUGGAGGAAGAGAGAGAAAAAAUGUUAUCAAAUCAGACAGAAGCUGAGCUAGCAACCCCAGAAGGCAUCUAUGAGAGGCCUGUGGACUACCUGCCUGAGAGGGAUGUUUACGAGAGCCUCUGUCGUGGGGAGGGUGUCAAACUGACACCCCGGAGACAGAAGAGGCUUUUCUGUAGGUACCACCAUGGCAACAGGGCCCCACAGCUGCUCAUCGCCCCCUUCAAAGAGGAGGAUGAGUGGGACAGCCCACACAUCGUCAGGUACUACGAUGUCAUGUCUGAUGAGGAAAUCGAGAGGAUCAAGGAGAUCGCAAAACCUAAACUUGCACGAGCCACUGUUCGUGAUCCCAAGACAGGAGUCCUCACUGUCGCCAGCUAUCGGGUUUCCAAAAGCUCCUGGCUAGAGGAAGAUGAUGACCCUGUUGUGGCCCGAGUAAAUCGUCGGAUGCAGCACAUCACAGGGUUAACAGUCAAGACUGCAGAAUUGUUACAGGUUGCAAAUUAUGGAGUGGGAGGACAAUAUGAACCACACUUCGACUUCUCUAGGAAUGAUGAGCGACAUACUUUCAAGCAUUUAGGGACGGGGAAUCGUGUGGCCACUUUCUUAAACUACAUGAGUGAUGUAGAAGCUGGUGGUGCCACCGUCUUCCCUGAUCUGGGGGCUGCAAUUUGGCCUAAGAAGGGUACAGCUGUAUUCUGGUACAACCUCUUGCGGAGCGGGGAAGGUGACUACCGAACAAGACACGCUGCCUGCCCUGUGCUUGUGGGCUGCAAGUGGGUCUCCAAUAAGUGGUUCCAUGAACGAGGACAGGAGUUCUUGAGACCUUGUGGAUCAACAGAAGUUGACUGACAUCCUUUUCUGUCCUUCCCCUUCCUGGUCCUGCAGCCCAUGUCAUCUUCAAGUUCAAUGUGACAGACACCUUUGUAUGUUCCAGUUUCUAUCAGGCUGGUUUUUGGAGAAAUGAAUGUCUGGAGCAGAGGGAGACCAUACUAGGGCGAGUCCUGUGUGACUGAAGUCCCAGCCCUUCCGUUCAGCCUGUGCCAUCCCUGGCCCCAAGACCAGGAUCAAAGUGGCUGCAGCAGAGUUAGCUGUCUAGCGCCUAGCAAGGUGCCUUUGUACCUCAGGUGUUUUAGGUGUGAGAUGUUUCAAUGAACCAAAGUUCUGAUACCUUGUUUACAUGUUUGUUUUUAUGGCAUUUCUAUCUAUUGUGGCUUUAACCAAAAAAUAAAAUGUCCCUGCGAGAAGCCUUAAAGAGCCUUACUUGGAGUAUUUUUAAGACUGGAAGCUUUUACCAGGUUCAUCACUUCCUGUGCAUCGCCUCCAUGCAGGCAGAGUCUGGAUCAUGAAUGCUUUAGUAACAAAACAUCUUGGGUCUUGGAUUUGAGACCUGGUUUCAACACUUGUGUCUCCUCUAAGUGUCAGUGUCCUUUUCUGGAAAGUAGGGUAAAUAAUUUCUCUUUGUCUCCCAGAGAACAUAGCACACGUGUUCAUGAUUGUAAUGCUGUUAUAAUGUAUAAUUUAUUUUUAAAUUUUGAGAUAAGAAUUGUUCAUGAUACAUAGAUGUAUACUUAAAAAAAAAUGAAGGUGAGCAGGAGCACCUGUGUCAACACCAAGUUAGAGAAGAGAACGUUUUCAAGUCAGUACCUCAGGAGCCCCUUGGGAACCCCUCCUAGAUCACAUCUCCUUCACUGCCCCCAGCACUUUGGAGAUAACCAUUGUCUAGUGAUGUGUGGUACUCGUUCCUUUGCUUGUCCUUAUAGUUUUACCAUCCAUGAUUACAUCCCUAAAUAAGUAGUUAUUCUGUUUUCCCUGAUUUUGAACUUCUACUAAUAGAAUCAGAGUAAAUAUUCUUGGGUAUGUGACUUCUUUUGUUCAACAUUGUUUUAAGAUUCAUCCAUGUCGUGUAGCUGUAGUUUGUUUUAAUCUUUAUAGUACAGUUUUGUUAAUGUUUAUUGUAGGACUAUACCAUAAUACAGCCAGUAUGCUGCUGAUAAACAUUGGAAUUGGUUUCAGUCUUUGUAUAUUGUGAAUAAUGCUGUGAUAAACAUUUUUAUACAUGAUUCCUGCUAUACAUAUAAACACAUAUUUCUGUAGGAUAUAUAUGUAGGAGUGGAAAUGUGGAGUCUUAAUGGUGUUCCAACUUUGCUAAAUAACGUAUUCCAAGGUCAUUAUACACAUUCUCACCAGGAGUAAAUGAGAGUUCUUAUUACUCUAACCUUUUCCAAUAUCUAGUAUUUUCAUACUUUUGCAUUUUAGCUAGCUUGGUAUAUUACGGACUAAAUGUUUGUGUCCCCUCUGCCCAAAUUCAUAUGUUGAAAUCUUAACCCCCAAUGUGAUGAUAUUAGGAUGUGGAGCCUUUGGGAGGUAAUUAGGUCAUAAGCCUGGAGCCCACAUGAGUGGGAUUAGUGACCUUAUGAAGAGAUCCCAGAGAACUCCAGCCCUCUUUCUGCCAUGCGAACACACAGCAAGAAGAUGCCUAUGAACCAGGGGGCUCUCACUAGAAAUAAACCUACUAGCAUCUUGAUCUUGGACUUUUCAGUUUCCAUAACCAUGAGAAAUCAAUGUUUUUAAUUCAAUGUAUGGUAUUUUAUUAUAGCAGCUCUACCUAAGACAGUACAUGUAUAGUGUCUAUUUUAACAUUGUUGAUAAUGUUGAACAACUUUUCAUGUUGUUAGUUAUUAGGUUUCUUCAAGUCUUCUUUUUGAUUCAUAGAAAUUUUAAAAUAUGUACACAAGCUCUUUGUUAUAUAUUUUGCAAAUAUCUUCUGUGGUUUGUCUUUUUACUAUUUUUUGUCUUUUGAUAAACAGCUUUUAAUUUUUAUGUCAAAUCUAUGAAGCUUUUUCUUUUUAUGUUUUUUAUGUCUUAUUUGAGAAACCCCAAGAUCAUGAGGAUGUUUCCUGUGUUCUCUUCUGAAAGCUAUAUAGUCUUUGUCAUUAAUUUUAUCUUUAUAUAUGGUAUGAAGUGUAAAGGUCUACUUUUAAUUUUUUGCAUAUUUUAUUAGGACAGGAUGGGCUUUUGCUAUAGUAAUAAAUAAUCCCCAAAUCUCAAGGGCUUAAUAUAUAAAAUUGUCUCAUGCAAAAAACCACUGGGUCUAAGGCAAUUGCUAUCUACUGUCAUAUAAUCUCCCUCUAGUGGCUUCCAUGGGUAGACCCUAACAGGAAGCCAGCUGAUAAGGGAGGGAAUCUGGGAAAUGUAGUUUACAGAGUGGCAGCUACAGUAGAACAGUAGAGACUACAAGGAUGAGUUUGCAGCUGAGAACGGAAACGUGACUGGCACACUAGGUUUUCCUUUUCUUGUUUGAGACUUUUUUGCCUUCUUGAAUUUGUACAAUGGUAUCUUUAAUCAAUUUUGGAAAAUUAAAUGAUUUUCUCUUUCA